UCUUUCAACACGUUUAGUGAAAGCUGGUGCUGUGUUGUGCAAAAUGUGCUGCCUGUAACUAUAUCGUCCCGCUCGGGAAGAAUUAUUACGGGUUUUGUGGCGUUCGGAUAAAGUUGGAGUGUGUUUUUGUGAGCUGUAGCAGAAGUUGGACGAUGCCUCUCCUCCGGACGUGCUCGGUACCCUGAAAGGCUGUGAAUAUUGAAAGGCWGAAGAAAAUCUCUUUAACCUGAACCAAACGCCUUCAGGUCCUUUGGGAUCAUGGCUAAAGAUGCUGGUCUGAUUGAAACAAAUGGAGAGCUGAAGGUUUUUAUUGAUCAGAAUCAGAGCCCCAGCAAAGGUAUCCUGUCCUUGGUUACUGUCCAGCCUACAGCUGCCCCUGUGGCCAAACAGCUACUACCCAAAACCCUCGGGCCGUCCAACGUGAAUAUUACUACACACAUGCAACAUGUGCCACACAUGGUAAUUGGAACACCCCAGAGGCCAACAGUAUCAAAUACAAUAUUAUUAAACAGUCCACACACACCGAGCUCUCAGUUCCUCACACAGAGCCAGCCAGCUGAUUCCUCUCCUUGGUCGUCAGGAAAGCGGGGUAAAAAAGGGGAAAAGAAUGGAAAAGGUUUGAGGCAUUUCUCCAUGAAAGUGUGCGAGAAGGUGCAGAAGAAAGGAGUGACGACCUACAAUGAAGUUGCAGAUGAGCUGGUUGCAGAGUUCAGCUCUUCAGACAACCACAUGUCCCCUAAUGACUCACAUGUGUACGACCAGAAGAACAUUCGGCGGCGUGUUUAUGAUGCUUUGAAUGUGCUCAUGGCCAUGAACAUCAUCUCUAAAGAGAAGAAGGAAAUCAAGUGGAUUGGCUUGCCCACAAACUCUGCUCAGGAGUGCCAAAAUUUAGAGGUGGAAAGACAAAGGCGGCUGGAGAGGAUCAAGCAGAAACAAUCGCAGCUUCAGGAGCUCAUACUGCAGCAAAUAGCCUUUAAGAACCUUGUUCAGAGGAACAGACAGACGGAGCAGCAAGCAAACAGGCCACCACCUCCCAACUCCAUCAUCCACCUUCCCUUCAUAAUCGUCAACACCAGCAAGAAAACUGUGAUCGACUGCAGCAUCUCCAAUGACAAGUUCGAGUAUUUGUUCAAUUUUGACAGCAUGUUUGAGAUUCACGAUGACAUUGAGGUGCUGAAGCGAAUGGGCAUGGCCUGUGGUUUGGAGGUGGGAAAAUGUUCUGCAGAGGAUCUGAAAGUUGCACGCAGUCUGGUGCCCAAAGCUUUGGAGCCUUAUGUUAUAGAGAUGGCAAAAGGUCCGAUCAGUAAUGUGUACAUCACAGGAGGCUCCUCAGCCAAUGGAGCUCGUUAUACUGCUAGCAGUGAUGGGUGCACUGAUGGCACCAUGGCGUCAAGUUCAAACGACUCUCACUACAGCGGGUCUCGCGUGGAGACUCCAGUGUCUUACAUGGGGGAUGACGACGACGAUGAGUAUGAGGAGAACGAUGAUGAAGACUAACCCUGCUCCACCUUCACCACUCCAACAAGCACAGUCCUUCAAACAACAGUCACAGUGGGAAUUUAGUCCCCUUUUUGUGUGUGCUUCUCGAGCCUUUUCCCUGGUUUCCUCAUGCCUGGAUCUCUGUCUGGCUUUCUCAGGGGUGUAGAUGAAUAUUGAAAGAACACAGGUGUUUUUUUUUUUUUUUGUUUUUUUUCUUUAUACCCAUCUUUGUUCUGCUCCUGAAACAUGCUCACCUGCACCACAACUCUGGGGGACAGUUGAUCCAAGGGAACUGUAGAUUGUGGCUCUGCCACCUGAAAUCUUUGUACGUCUAAUCCUCUUAUCAAUAAGCCAUCUUCCUCUUUAUCACAUGGGUAAACAUAUUUUUGUUGGAGAAUGUAAAAUGUGUUUGAGUAGGUGUUAUUUUAUAGUUACUUUUGGACAGACAAGACAUUAUGAUCAAAAUGUUCCAAAAAUGUUUGCGUUAACGUUGUGUUUAGCACARCUCCGUUGAUUCUGAAUGGCUGAAUACAGUUUUUCAUGGUGUCCCUGGUCGGGACUCCAUCAAACUUGUCAGUACAUUGUUUUGUGUUCUGGGUAAUUAUUUGAAAUAGUUUUAUUCCCAUUGUGUUGGGUUGGCUUCCUUAUGUUUUGUAGGCAGCUGCUUUCUGAUCUUGUUUGUUAGUUGAUUUUUUUUUUUUUUUUUUUUUUUUUUUUUUUUUUUUUUUUUUUUGUAUUCUGGAGUUGAACUGUCAAUCACCGCCCUGUUGAUGCCGUGUUGGUGUUUACAAAACAAUGGCAGCAGUGAGGUAAAGACUCAUAACCCAGGCUCCUUAUAGGUAAUUAAGCUUUGUUUGUUAAUGAUGUAUCUAAAUCCUACCACGAUUGUAGCUUAUAGUAUCCUUUAGAGGCCAGUGGUAAAGACAGACCGUCAAAAAUUAUUGAUGUAACAAAAUGUGUGCUUGUAUAGGUCUUUGUGUACUCCCUUCAAAGAUCACCCUUUUGAAAACCAAGACACAUGUACUGACUCUUCCAAAUACCUUUUCUGUAAUCUAAUAUAAGUUUGCAAAUUAAAAUAUAGAUUGUUUUAAUAA